AUGUGCGUUGGAGAUUCCACCUCCCAAACACUCACUCACAACGGGUCUGAAAAUCCCAACACCGCGGAAUCUGAGAGCAAUGAGCCUGCAAGCUCCAAGGCCGAGAACUCUGGGCCUAUAAGAAUCUUCCUCAACGAUUCACCUGACGACGAUAACCCAGAAAAUCCUCCGUCGACUACCAAGACAACAGAACCUCCGAAAGAAGUUCAAUUCCAGCUGGAAGGAGAUGGCUAUGGUGAGGACACGGGUGAAGCUGCAUCCUAUGUGCACCCUGCCAGCGACAUGAAUGGCCAACUUGAUUUUGUUGGAAACAAGCGACCAUAUGAGUACAAUGUUGAUUAUACGGCCAUGACGCGAGUUGGAACAAGGCGAAACGAUAUACCUGACUCCGAGGGAUCCGAUGACGAGGACCCUGGAAGCACGCAAACCACCAAUGCACACACCGAUGCAAAUACUGUUCCACACACCAAUGCACACAUCAAUGCACAUACCGCAAGCAAUAUAGAACCCGACGCAGACGUCAGCACACCAGAUACUGACCCUGCUCCAUACAACGAAGCCAGAACCGCGGCGCGAAGCUCCAGAAAGGUUGCAUCGGCAGGCAAGAAUUCCAAGAAGCGCAAAGCUUCCAACCAAGAAGCCAGUAGUGCGACACGCACGGGUGGAAGAGAGGAUGCAUCGGCAACGAGCAAGAAUCUCAAAAAGCGCAAGGCUUCCAACAGCGUGAACUCACGGAAUUAUGGCGUACACGACAUUCAAGCAGAACACGAAGGGCUGCCAGGAAACCAGAAGUAUUCAUUCGAGUCGGCUUUCUAUGGUCACCCCACCUUAGCCAAGGCAAUACCUCGAGGCGCCGAUGCUCUGAAGACCGCCACGUCAGACAGUUUUCGAGGUGAAGCGGCCGUUAUUUCGCCUCUUCGACGCGCUUCUCGCGAGCGUAGUUUACAUGUGGAUGCUGGGCUCCUCAUGACUGGAGCAACUCUACCCGAAAGUAGGUAUCGGAUUGGUACCGACGAAAGAUCCGACGCGACCCAAGAAGUGCAUACGCCGGCACCAACGAAUGCGGAAUGCACUACUUCGACAAGGUCUUCUCGAUUUCUGUUAUGCGGCGCUGAAAUCCUGUCCAUAAUUCCAAGAGACGAGUGCAUCGAAAUUGGGGUUGAUGGUUGCUGGUGGUUGCAAUUCGUUGACAAGCCAUCGUCUUCCAGAACAUAUCGUGGUUCAUACACAAUCCGCGUAUCGUCGAUCGAGCUUGCAGGACCUGCUGACAAAGGCGUUUUUUGGCUGUGUAAGGAGCUCCAGGAUGUGACACCUCGAGUAACGAAUGAAGUUUUCCCAUGA